AUGUUUGCAAAUAAAAAUUGUUUUGAAGUUUAUGAAACAAUUCAAGAACUUAGAAAAGUUUUCUCUUAAUUUAAAGAGUGCAUUAUAACUUAGCUUGGAAAACUGGAAAGUUAAAUUGAAACAAUUAUUUUUGAACUAUCUCAAAAUAAUGAGAUUGAUCAAAUUGAUGCUAAUAUAAUUGAAAAUGAGAACUCUUAAUUAAAUUAUGAUGAAAUGCAAUAAUUAAUUUAAGUUUGGAAUAAUGCAUGUCCUAAAUUCAAUGAUCCAUUAGUAAUAAGAAUUUAAAAGACAUUUAAACUAUGGGAAAAAUAAAUUUAAGAACUUUUAUAUAUUGAUAUUGAAAAUAUUCCAAGAUAUUCCAGUUCAUAAUAUGUAUUUGAUACUAAUGCGAAGUUUCAAAGUAUUAAAAUUUAUGAAGAAAUUAUUAUUGAAUAAACUCAAACUUAAACUCAUUAUUGUUUUGCUCUUAGCAAAUAAAGUUUGAAUUAAAUAGAAACUAGUUCUAUAUAAUUUAAAUUCCCAAAAUUUAUAGGAGACAUUGGAGUUGGAAUCUGUGAUAAAAAAAUCUUGAAAUCAAAGGAUUUUAGACCUUUAUUAAGUUAAGUGAAUCAUGGAGCUUUUGUUUGCUUUUAAGAUUCAUGUAAAAUAAGAAAUAAUAAUAGAUACAAUAAAUACAGAAUAAGAAGAAUUGAAUUGGAAGCCUAAAGGUUUUAGAUUCUUGGAUUAUGAUAUUAUAGAAGUUACUUAUGAACCCUCUCUUAAAAGAAUCAGCUGGAAAAAAGUUUAAGUUAUUAUUUAAUAUAAAAUUAGAAACCUAUUGAAGGAUUUUCAAUGAUCUUAUAAAAUGAUAACAGAGAAUUACAUUUUUGCUGUAUUGUUAAAACACAAGGAGCAAAGGUAGAAAUAGUAAGAGAAUGAACAUUCUUAGUUAUUUUUCUAAAAUUAAAUACAUA